CCUCUUUCUCUGUGUUCUUCCUUUCUGUCUGUCUCAGCCUCUCCUCCUCGUUCAAAGCUUCUGUCUCCCCGUCUCCCCACUGCCAACUCCUCUUCUGAUCACUCACCCCUCCAGGCCACGAUGUCGGCCCAGGACAGCUGCCUCAGCCUCAUCAAGUACCUCCUCUUCGUUUUCAACCUCUUCUUUUUCGUCCUAGGCAGCCUGAUUUUCUGCUUCGGUAUCUGGAUACUCGUGGACAAGACCAGCUUCGUGUCAUUUGUGGGCUUGUCCUUCAUGCCCCUGCAGAUCUGGUCCAAGGCGCUGGCCAUCUCAGGGGUCCUCACCAUGGGCCUGGCCCUGCUGGGCUGCGUGGGGGCCCUAAAGGAGCUGCGCUGCCUCCUGGGCCUGUAUUUUGGGACGCUGCUGCUCCUGUUUGUCACCCAGAUCACCCUGGGGAUCCUCAUCUCCACUCAGAAGAUCCGGCUGGAGCGGAAGGUGAAGGAGCUCGUGCAGGAGACCAUCCAAAACUACCGCUCGGACCCGGAGAAGUCCGCGGCGGAGGAGAGCUGGGACUACGUGCAGUUCCAGCUGCGCUGCUGCGGCUGGAACUCUCCCCAGGACUGGUUCCGUGUGCCCAGCAUGAGAAACAACGCGUCGGUGUUCAACGUGCCCUGCUCCUGCCGUAACUCAUCGGGGACGGACUCGGCGAUCUUCAAUAUGACCGCCCUCUCCCAGUUCAGCCGCGGCGGGGCCCUGGCGCGGCCCAGACACAGCGCGGACCUGUGCGUCGUCGCUGCAAACAGCGGCACCUAUCGCGAGGGCUGCGCGCGGAGCCUGCAGAAGUGGUUGCACAACAACCUCAUCUCCGUCGUGGGCAUCUGCCUGGGCGUCGGUCUACUCGAGGUGAGUGUGGCGGGGCUGAGCCUGCUCCUGCCACGCCGAGCAACCCGCCGGGAACCCCGGCCGCCGGGGCCGGGCGCCGAGGGUUCGUGCCCAGGGCCGGGCCUGAGCGCGGACGGCGGCAACGGGCGAGGCGGUGUGCUGAGCAGCAGCGGGCGUAGCGGCAGUCUGUGGGGUGGCUGGGGCAGGGCGGAUGCUUGCCCCAACUGGGGGGACAAGGCCCCGCAGGGCAAGCUGCCCAUGGCCCUGGGGCCCUGGCCGCUUUGGGAUCGAGACGAGGAACAGCCUGAGGCCGGGAGCGCGGGCGCGGAGGCGGAGGCAGACGGCAAGACAGAGGGGCCUCCAGAAUAAAGGGCUUGCUCCAGAUCGCAACACUUUUCCAGACUCUAGACCUGCCUCAGCUUCAUGACGCUCUCCAUAUUCCUGUGCAGAAACCUGGACAAAGUCUACGACAGGCUCGCCCGGUACCGAUAGGCCCCGACCCCUCCCCAAAGUCCCGCCCCUGCCCCUUCAAGUACGUACCCUGGGAUCUUACCUCCCUGUGGCCUGUAAAUAUUUGUUUAAACCCCAGUUCUCCCCAGGCACUGAGCCCUCUGCCUCCUCAUUCCCCCGGGGAACCAGGUGUCAGCCUGCCCCCUUAUCAUCACCUCUCUCGUGGGACUUGGGGCUUCCCACCACCAACUUCCUGUCCCCAAAGAUACCUCAUUUCAGUGACUCAUGUCAGUCUACCACCGCCCGCAAGAUCAUUUCUCACUCAAACUUCAAAUAAAUCCCCUACGUUUCGGUAAAAUAGCUUUAUCUCUGUCAAAACACAAACCAACACAAUUUGGGGCGGGAGGGAUGGUGGUGAACAAUUCAGGCUAGCGCUGGCUCAGGUAGAAGAGGGGAGACAUUAAAAAGCUACCCCCCCCCCCACACACACACACACACUGCUUGACCAGCUGAGAAAAAAGUCACGACCCUAACACCCACUUAUAAA